AUGGACGACGCCGAGUAUUUCCCACAAAGAUCGCGUGAACUCACAGGACUUCUUACUCAAACUGUUCUGUCAAGCCCUGUCGUUCAGUGGAUCUUGCCUGCCCGGAUUCGAAGCAGGCAUCACAACGAUGUCGUAUUCGUGGGUCAGCGUCGAGUCCAGGUCAAAGAGGCUUCAGACCAAGGAUUCCUGGAUGAUAUCACCGAGAAAAAUGACUUCGACUACCAGAUAGUCGGCGCCAAAGUCAUCAAUGUGAACACUGAACUACCAUGGGAAAGUCAACUACGAAACACGGUCAGUGACGGUCAAGUGAAAGAAGCUCCCUUUACGACUCAAGAUCUUCCGUCUCAGAUGCUUGUCCUCUCACUUGAGAUGAGAGAACUUCAAUUCUUGUACUACUCGAUCUCAGGUGAUAACAAAUUUGUCACGUUCCGCCGACCUUUGCCGGUUGACGUGGAUUUGGCUGAGAGGUUUGGGAAGCAUCUUGCCGUAGAUCCGAAGUCUCGUGCAAUCGCCGUUGGUGCUUCACGGCAUUACUUUGGCUUAUUCUUUUUGAAGUCUUCCGCUGAAAUUCGGCACCAGAUGUCCGAACACAGGCUAGAUCCUAUUGAGAGUGAACAUUUUUACACAUGCGAGGGUUCCAUUCAGUUCAUGGAAUUUCUGUAUCCGAAGGCUGCAGACGACACCAUGAUAAUUCUUCUGGUCGUUUCUUCUACAGCAGAUGGCUCAUUCGCAAGAAUCUAUCACUGGGAUGAAUGUGAUAUGAGGCCAUCUCAGCCAACUAUCGUAGAGUUCAAACUCCGCAGAGAAGAUCGACUGCCCACCAUGAUUGUUCCGUUGACUAAGGAAUCCUCCUUCCUGGUCGUCACAAGCAGGUCCAUGGCAGUAUACCCAUCAGACUCCGCACACCCUCGUCCGACAAAGUACCCGCUCAUCGCGCCGGAUGACACGUUCAAGGAAACCUCUCUGUGGACCCAGUGGGCCCGACCCGCACGGAAUUGGCUGUACAGUCGAAAGACUGAUGGGAUCUACAUGUGCCGUGAAGACGGUUGGAUCUAUUUUCUUGAAUUCGGCAACGAGGGCGGCCUCGAAUCCCAGACCAGCCUAGGUCAACUUCACUGUGACGUCGAUUCCGCUUUUGACAUCCUCGACGUUGGACACGAGGGAGGAGACUUCAUCCUAGCUGCGGGAAGCAUGGGGGAUGGGGGUCUCUUUAUUCAGGAGGCUCGCAGCAAGCCUCGAUGUGUUCAGAGAUUUCUCAAUUGGGCCCCAGUCACAGACGCGGUCAUGAUCCGGGCAGAAAUCCACGAGGAUAGAAAGAACGACGUGUCAAGAGAUCGAUUGUUCGUCUGCUCUGCAUCUUCCGCUGCUGGGGGAAGUGCAAUUCACGAGCUGAGACAUGGAUUUGAGGCACAAGCCGGCUACACCAUAUCUCUGGAUGACUUCUCUGGCGUGCGAGACAUGUGGGCCUUCAGCGAAGAUGCCAACGGAGGCGCGUAUCUUCUGUUCUCUCACCCUACAUCCACAUUGGUUCUUUUUAUGAACCCGGAUUAUGAAGACAUAAUAUGCGCGCUGGAUGAGAAUGAAACAGGGUUUGAGAAUGCCUUGACACUGGCCGCUGGCUUGACACCAACCGGUGUUCUUGUUCAAGCCACUCAAAAUGGCACAAAUUUCUUUGUCCCUCUUCAUCCUGAACGCAACUCUUCCAUUCCCCACAAACUCGGGGCGAGCAUCAUUGCUGUCGCUGUUGAUAGUACGAACUCAGCGAUGGUCGUAGCUGAUCGGUCCGAGAAUGGUCUCAGUCUCACAUUAUGUCGAAUCAUACUGACAGAUUCUGCUGUCGAUCUGCAAAAAUCCGAGCCCUUCCAGAUUGAGAGAGAACCGGUCUGUCUGUCUCUUCAAUUAUUGGGAAAUACCGAAUUUCUGUUUAUGGGCACAGUUGAUGGCACAAUCUUAGUCUUCUUUGUUGAGAAUGACGCCUUGAACUAUCUCUUCGAAGCCGCCGUAUCGAUUGAUCCGAACGACGAGGCUUCCCGAGCAAUAGAUAGUUUCGCUGUGAUUCGCCAUCUCGAUCAGGGAUUCUUGCGAGCUCAUUUGCUUUGUGGUCUCCGGGGCGGCGUGUUGGUACCAUUUCAGAUUGAUUUCAACGCUCCUACCCUAAUAGGCCUUCAACAAGCUCCCGCAAAGCAUGUCGGAAUGACAUCUGUUUGGCUGCAAGAUCAUGGCACAUUUGCCAUGCUACCUGCUUACUUUCCUUCCCGAAUCCAUGCGUUUGGUGUCAUCAACCAGAGGAGACAAAACGCAGCCCACUCUCUUGGACCCCUUUUCUGCUUUGCCGACAAUUUACUGCUUAAUUGCUCGUUGGGGCGUGAGAGCAAGAUUGUGCCGCGUCGGAUCAGCGUACCGGGCACUGCUCGAAAAAUGAUCUACUCUGCGAACCUUCGCAAGCUCCUGUUGGCUUACGAUACAAACGAGGCCGAAGAUCCCAGCAGCCCCAGCGAUAUCUUUUCAAGAUCUUGCAUGGCGCUGGUACACCCUGACGCACAAGAGCCUGUGAGCCCGCCAGAGAGGAUGCAGAUGCCAAAAUCAUCCGCCGGCGAGAGGAUUCUUUGUAUGAUGGACUGGAGUUCUGAAAGAGAUGGCAACGUCCAUCACUUAAUUGCAAUCGGAACAUCUCUUCCUGAAAGUGCGGCGGACGGUGCUCGUGGUCGCCUCAUUUUGCUGCAUGCUUCUAAUUCGGGCAAUCCGCCUGGUGUUCGACUCAAAACUAAACACGUCCAAGACUUACAUCACGGUCCUGUUCGGUCCAUUGCGGCAUAUGAAGAUACGCUUCUCAUUUGUUCAGGAAGAACCCUUCGGCCCAUCGCGCCACGAGGAGCAUCGAUCAAGUGGUCUUCCAAUAGCUGGGUGGAGCUCCCUUCUCCUGCAGUCACCAUAUCUGUCUCGAAGCCUUUCGUUCAUCUUACCACCGCCCGACAUGGAUUCGUCGUUUUGGAAGUGCUCUAUGAUGGAAAACGUCACUCUUUGAAAUUAAGAGGACAUGACUCGGUACCUCUUAACGGACUUACUCAUUACGUUACACCCACCGAGCCUUCUAUUGUAUUUCUCAGCGCUCGCGGUGGUAGCAUACGCGCUGGGAGGCUCUCAAACAAUGUGAAGCUCGGGACCGCCCCAAUAUUUGUGGCCCCUGCUCCCGAUGAGGCUUCUAUCUGCGACUCCAUUUUGCUGUUCAUACCCAGUCUAAAUGGUGAUGUUUUCCCCAAAUCAGCGUGGCAGCGAGGUGGCUCUGUUUAUGGCAUAGCUCUCAAUGGAUCGGUAACCCGCUUUACGAUCCUUUGUGAGGAUGAGAGACGUCUUCUCCUUGCAUUGCAGGAUUUCUGUCAGAAGGACGAGACACUCUGUCCAUCCUUGGCCGCACGCGAAAGGCGGAAGAAGCCCAUGUUGGUCGACUCGAAGAAGGACAACACCCAGAUCAACGGAGACAUUCUUGUCCGGUUGGCUCGGCAAAGGGCGGACUAUCUUGAGGAGCGGAUACAUGCCCUCGAUCACAAACGGGGCUCACCAACCUAUGAAUCCUAUAUGCGCAUUGCAGCCCAGAGGGCUUUAGGGCCCUCGGACAACUUUUCUCAGCAGAUUAUCGGAUGGAUCCGACACCUUCUACACGUUGCUAUGUAA